AUUAAAUCAUCGCCGUAAAAAAAGCUAUAACAAAACUCUCUCUCUCUCUCUCUCUCACAGUCAGUGAAAAAGCUAUGAACACACUCAUUCCCCGAAUGAUCCUUCUCUUGGCCACACUCUUCCUCUCAUUCUCUUUCUCCUCGCCGUCUUCUCCGACGAUCCACGACGUUCUCCGAUCAAAAGGUCUCCCGGCGGGACUAUUACCGCAAGAAGUUGAUUCUUACACUCUUUCCGACGACGGUCGUCUCGAGGUUUUCCUCGCGGCGCCGUGUCUUGCUAAAUUCGAGACUAGAGUGUACUUCGACUCCGUCGUGAGAGCAAAUCUGAGCUAUGGGAGCCUCGUCGGAGUAGAAGGAUUGUCGCAGGAAGAGCUCUUUCUGUGGCUGUCGGUGAAAGAUAUCGUCGUCAAGAAUCCUGAUUCCGGCGUCAUUAUAUUCGAUAUCGGCGUUGCUUUCAAACAACUCUCUCUGUCUCUCUUUGAAGAUCCCCCCAAGUGUAAACCUCAAGGCGGUUUGAAGAAAAAGAUGAGAAGAAAUAGAGGAUUUGAAGCUCUAAGAUGAAAAAUGAGACAGAAGGGUGCAGAUGUCGAUUGUCCUUUUGAAUUUUUUUCAAAUUAUGCACUAAUCAGAAAAAAUAGUAUGCUAAUAUGAGUAGGUUAGAUUUUUGUUUGAGGGUUCGUGUAAAGAUGAGAUUCCCAAUGUCUAUCCUAUGUUUUUGUUUCUAGUUUCAUAUUUCUUUGGCUAAAUUCAUGAUGUUUUGUUAGUGAUGUCUAUGAUUUAUUUAAGUAAUUACUUAUAUAGGCCAGUGGUUAUAGUUUGGUAGUUAGUUAGUGGUUUCUAUAGGCGUGUUUAUAACUUUAUAUAGUUUUUGUGAUAUUUACAAGGCUA